GCGCGUUUCCUGUUCCGGGGUCGGUCGUGUACGCUGAGUGUGUGUUUAUGUGCUCGUGUGUGUGAGUGUGUGUGACGAUGAUGAUGGCGGAGCUGGUGCAGGGACAGGCCUCGGUGGCUCAGCCCGGGAUGAAGGACGGAUUCGCGGACCCCUUCCACCGCGCGAGACAGAUUGCUAAGAUGGGAGGAGAGCAGAUGCAGCAUCUGAAUAACUCGUCUCCGGUCGUCGAUGCCUCGCUGUAUGGCUUCGGAGGACAGAAACGCUCGCUGGACGAAGGAGUGGCAAACCAGCUCGGUGCAAUGGUGCAUGGUACAAGGGCUAUAAUGACAGAAGAGUUCAAAGUGCCUGAUAAGAUGGUUGGAUUCAUCAUUGGACGCGGCGGCGAGCAGAUCACGAGAAUUCAGCUGGAAUCCAACUGUAAGAUCCAGAUCGCCUCUGACAGUGGAGGCAUGAUGGACAGGCCUUGCACCCUGACUGGGACCCCAGAAAGCAUUGAGCAGGCCAAGCGGUUUUUGGGGCAGAUCGUGGACCGGUGUCGGAACGGACCGGGCUUCCACACUCAGAUGGACGGGAACAGCGCUAUCCAAGAGAUCCUGAUCCCGGCCAGUAAAGUCGGCCUGGUCAUCGGGAAGGGAGGCGACACCAUCAAACAGCUGCAGGUGCGUUCAUUUGUUGGUGUCAGCUGCUGUUCUUGUAAUCUCUGGAUCUGCGUGUCUGUUUCAGAUGACGGGAUCAGUCCGGACCGGAUCGCUCAGGUCAUGGGUCAGCCGGACCGGUGUCAGCACGCGGUUCACCUCAUCAAUGAUCUGGUCCAAACGGCACAGGAGCGCGAUGGGUUCGGAGGCCCGGUUGGACCCAGAGGUCGCGGCAGAGGUCGCGGGGAUUGGAGCAUGGGAUCUCCUGGAGGCCUGCAGGAAGUGACCUACACAAUACCAGCUGAUAAGUGCGGCCUCGUGAUCGGGAAAGGUGGAGAGACCAUAAAGAGCAUCAACCAGCAGUCUGGCGCUCAUGUGGAGCUGCAGAGAAAUCCUCCUCCGAACACCGACCCAAACGUCCGGAUCUUCUCCAUCCGUGGAUCUCCUCAGCAGAUGGAGAUGGCCAGACAGCUGAUCGACGAGAAGAUCGGGGCGUCUGGAAUGGGAGGAAGCAGCAGUUUUGGACUCGGUCCUUUCACCCAAGGACCUGCGACUCCUCAUCAGAAUGGUCCGCAGACGUUCAUGACUGGAGGUUGGGGAACCACGUACCAGACAUGGCAGCCUCAGAGCCAGCAGGACCCCAGUCACAAUGGAUCCCAGACCGGCCAGAUGGACUAUUCCAAAGCGUGGGAGCAGUAUUAUAAAAAGCUAGGUCAACAGAACCAAGGCCAGAGCAGCGGCUCCGAAUACAGCAAAGCAUGGGAGGAGUAUUACAAGAAACAGACUCAGGCCGCCGGUCCUGGAUCUCAGCAGAGCUCUCCUCCAGACUAUAGCGCCGCCUGGGUGGAGUAUUACAGACAGCAGGGGGCGUAUUAUGGCCAGGGACAGACGCAGGCUCCCAGCCUCCCGGAUCAUUAAAGCGGGCGACUGCAGACCCUUUAGUUGAAGAUUUUUGAAUCACCGCGAGGAGGAAACAGACCUUUUGUAACAGAGGUUUCUAGAUUUGCAACGCCUUGAAGACUUUUACUUUUUUUUUCUUAGUGAGAAACACUAGCUGUAGAAUGACUUAUAUGAUUUAAAAAGAGAACUAUUUCUAAAUCAGGACAUCAAAUUGUUACUAAAUACUUGUGUGCACCAUUAUUCGAAUGGGCGAUUUCCGGGAUCCCUUUUGGACCAUUUCAGAGUUGGGUUUGUUUUCUAUUCUUCCUUUUUAAUUCUACGAUAUAUAUAUAUAGAUGUGUAUCGCCAAAACGAACCCCGGAGUCGCGGCGUUUCAUCGAUCGCGCGAUAUAAUCUCUUAUUUUUCUAGUUCUGUUGCAAUAAAAUUGAUCGCGGGCUUAGCAGUCUUGAAUUCGUUAUCGUUUCGUUUUGUCGUGAAAUGUUUUAAGAAUGUGUACAAAAUGUUUUCUUUUUUUUUCUUCUACAUAAAGCAUUUUAAUUCAGUGCGAUGAAAAACUGUGAUGUUUUUGUUACAGAAAUAUAUGCUUUUGUUACACGAGAAACGCAACGAUGAUGUAAUUCCUCAUGUACUUGUAUUCUGUUUUCAUUGUCAUUUUAUUGUACUCUGGUUUAAAAAGGUGCAAUAUCUAAUUUCUUUUUUUUUUUUUUUUUUGAAACAGAUGGAUUUCUCUAAUAUUUUGACAGACGUUUAACUUGUAGUUCGUAGAGGUUUUUUGUAGUAGUAUUCAAAUGUAACGGAUAAUUUUUUUAUUACGGUGAUUUGGCGGGAAAAGGUGGUCUUGCGUAUCGUGAGGUGGUUUUUUUUGCCUUUGCUCUCUUGUAAAACUAUGUAUGUAUGCUCAGAUACUUGACUAAAUACUUUAUUUAAAUAUAUAUAUAUAUAAUUAAAUCAAAGACUUUUUUGUCCUGCGUUUUUACAGGAAAACUGUCCGUUUUUCUGUUGUUUUCAUACUGAAAUUUGUCAAAGAUUGUGAAUGUGUGAUUUGAAAUUUGAUGUUGCAUCUUGCUGAUGGAUGAGACGUUUUAUGUGUGUGUAGUUCUGUAAACUUCGACUUUAAAGCGUUCAAGACUGCUAAGCCUCGUAGAGCCUACCUGUGUAUUAAUUACUUGUAGUUUUUUAUAUUCCGAGUAUUGGAAGAUCAAAGUUCUUGUCUUAUUUGUUCUCGCCGGUCCCUCGACUUCACCACAACACGCUGUGCGCUCCUGUACAGUCCCGAUCCCGUCACUUUUUAAUUCAGAUUUUGCUUUCUACUCUGUGUGAUCUAAUAUAUGUAUGAUUGAUUAGUUACAAAUUGAUCUAGUAUUAACUUCAUUGCUUAAUGAAAAGGGAUAUUAUAAUUUCGAAAUGUUUAAUUUUAGUGUUUCUUUUCUUCCUCAUGUGUACAGGUAACCAUGUAUUAAAAUGAUUGAAAGAC